AUGGUCAAAGUCGUCCGCCGGCCUGGCGGUGAGGACAACGCUCGCCGCCGUCUUCUUGCCGCCUUGACCGUCGUCCAGAUCGGGUCGUUGGAGUCGGUUUUCGAAAUCUGCAAGCCGUUUGUUUAG